GAAACUGCAGCAGCUCUGACCAGCCCCCCUCCGCCGUUGCUUCCGCCAGCUUCCCGGGCAUAUUUUCUAUGCUAAGCAAGACCCUUCCUUCCCCCACCCCAAACGGUUUAUUGACAGCGACUGACGGCCCUGGAGGCGGAGAGAAGCAAGGCUGGGCAACAACCUGAAUUUAUCCUCCCUCUCCCGCUCGCUCGCUCGCUUUUUCCCCCCGCCGCCGCUUUUCUGUCUUGGCUUUAUUUAUUUAAGGGCUGAGCAGCAGCAGGAGGAGGAGGAGGAGAGAGAAUCACGUUCCACCCAUCCUUCCUCGCUCCCGCCCUUCCUCAACAUCCCCAUUUGCACUGCAAAACUAUCCUCCUUUCCCAUUGCAUCCCAAGGAGGUAGCAACAGCCACAUCAUCACUGAAAGCCGGAUGGGAGAGAGCUGAGGGGAGGCUGGUGAAAGGGAGAAGCUGAUCGCUGCCCAGACGCUAGGAGCUUCAAGCAAAAUACCCCCACUCUUCGCUUUUUUCCCUUCUCGAUCUGGCACAUCGUAUUCCUUACAAGCCUGCUUUCAUUUUUUUCCCCUACCCAAAGGCGAGGAUACUAUCUACGUGUGGGGUCCCCCACCCCCACCUCUUUUUAUUUUAAAGACUUGCAAUGGUUGAGCGUCAAUGCCAUUGAGCGAAAACAACAGUCAGAGAAAGAGGAGGAGAAGGAGGAGGAGGAGGAGGACAGGGGAAGAGGAAGAUGAAACUGGAGACGGUUGUAGCGGCGGAAAAGAAGGAGCCUUAUGCAUCAAAAGGAGAUCCCUGCAUCUGCUGAACGCACCUUUUCCUCCGCGUCAGCCACAAUGGUCUGUACAGGCUGUCAAUGCGUUUGAUGACGUCCCUAUUUUGUGAAAGGGGAAAGGAAACGUGACAAUGUAAGAUCCACGUUCUCUUGGUCAAUUUCGUGCGAAAAGGAUAGAACCAUUUUCUACGGAUUUGUUUUCCUCCCCAAAGUCUAGGAGGGAAAACCAUUUGAGGAAUUACUAAGAUCCACGUCCCCUCCUCAAUCCCAAUAAUAAUAAUAAUAAUAAUAAUAAUAAUAAUAAUAAUGUGUAUGUGCGUGAGUGUGGUCCAGACAGUUCCUGGAACGGGGAGUGAAAACAAAAUCCAGUGAAUUUGGGUAUAUAAAAAAUUAACCUCAUUUAAUACUCACUUCCUUUCAGGACUUUCAAAUUUUCUAUUGAGAAUAUUUUAAUAAAGUAACAUUUCAAGUAAUCGGUGAGGAUUUCACAUCGAGGGUGUGUUUUCCCCUCUUCCCCAAGAAAUGUGUGCAUCUUUUUUCAAUGAAAUCAGUUUUGAUAUUACCAUUAAUAAUGAUUAUGACGAUAGAAACAAGAACUAAUUUUGCAUUUUAUUAAUGAUCUGCUCUGCUGAUAUUCUGUCAGAGACACCUUUUUAAAACGUUCCAACUAAAUAAAAAUAGUAAUAAGGAGAAAUACUUGACAUGCCAAAUACUGUUGGAAAAAACUAUAUACACAUAUAUAUUUAUUUUCUCCACACCUUCUGGUGACUUGAAUUCCUCUUCCACUUCCUCCUUUUUUUGGAGUUACCAAUUGUUAUCAGUUUCCACCACAUUUUCCGAACUAUCCUAUCCAGCACUUGGAGUGGAUAAGGCUUCUUUCCAUAACUAUUUCAUUUUAACUUUUUAAAAAGGAAUUGUGGAAUUGCUCAUUUAAAAAAGGAGAUGUGGGAAGGAGGAGCUUGAAAUCAAUAUUUUGUGGUUGUUGUUUUAAAAGGAAACCUCAUGAUUGUUGUGUGUGUGUGUUUUUAAAACGGGGUUGCUGUGAAAUAUCCGAAAGAUCUUCCUACAAAUUCCACUUUUGUUACUUAGCUAGCUCUUAUAUAUGUAUCAGUGAAUUUGGGUGGGAGCAGGGGAAAGGAAACGGAAAUUAACCAAUCCAGCCCUCUUGCUCUUGGGUGCCCCCUACCGGCCCCAUUUUUUCCCACCCGUGCCUGUCUGGAAGGGAAGGCACAUGUUAAUACCAACCGGUGCGAUCGUUUUAUGGUACUGUUGCUGCGGAUUGCUGAUCCCCAGACAGAUGUUGCGCCACCAGGGUCUCCUCAAGUGCCGCUGCCGCAUGUUGUUCAAUGACCUGAAGGUCUUCCUCCUGAGGAGACCCCCCGCGCCCCCUCCGCCCUCGCCGCCGCCUCUCCCUCCCAUGAACAGUGGAGACCAAGCCUUGAGCUUGCAGGCUUCUAACAACAACACGCUGACCACGCUCUAUGGAGGGCGAAGGGGACCUUGGAGAGCGCCGACUGCCGGGGGUGGUGGAGGAGGAGGGGGAGGGGGGGCAACGAGCCCUCCAGAAGAGGAGUGGGGAAGUCCUGGAGGAGAGGGAGAGCAGCCCAUGUCUAUGAUGAGCAGCGCCUCCUCCGAGGACUUCUGCAAAGGGAAGGCGGAAGAUCGGUAUUCCCUGGGGAGCAGUUUGGACAGUGGCAUGAGGACGCCGCUCUGCAGGAUCUGCUUUCAGGGCCCAGAGCAGGGUGAGUUGCUUAGUCCGUGUCGGUGCGACGGGUCAGUGAAAUGUACACAUCAGCCUUGUCUGAUCAAAUGGAUCAGUGAGAGGGGAUGCUGGAGCUGCGAGCUGUGUUAUUACAAGUAUCACGUCAUUGCCAUAAGCACAAAGAACCCCCUGCAGGUAAAGUGGCAAGCCAUUUCUCUGACCGUCAUUGAAAAGGUUCAGAUAGCGGCCGCCAUCUUGGGUUCCCUCUUCCUUAUCGCCAGUAUCUCGUGGCUCAUCUGGUCCACCUUCAGUCCCUCUGCGAAAUGGCAACGGCAAGACCUGCUCUUCCAGAUCUGCUAUGGAAUGUAUGGCUUCAUGGACAUUGUCUGUAUAGGUCUAAUAAUCCAUGAAGGACCCUCAGUUUACAGGAUUUUUAAACGGUGGCAAGCAGUCAACCAACAGUGGAAAGUUCUGAACUAUGACAAAACAAAGGACCUGGAGGAUCAAAAAACAGGGACCAGGACCAACCAACGAACCUCUUCUCAGACUAACCAUUCAUCCUCCACUGGUGGUGCCACUAGCAACUCUGCUCCAGCCGAGAGUGUGGCUCGGGGAGCUGGCCACACCACGGGCACCUUGUCUGACCACCACUGUGCUUAUACCAUCUUGCAUAUACUCAGCCACCUGAGGCCUCACGAACAGAGAAGCCACUCUAGCACAAACAGAGAGCUCGUCAUGAGAGUCACGACGGUCUGAGCUAAAGGAAUUAAGGAGGCCUUAAUGCAACGCGGAGUGGCAGAGGAACUCACAAGCGGAGGGGGCGCGGCAUGCCUUUCCCCCCCACCCUCCACCCCCUUGUCCUCUGCAGCUGCACCAGGAGCACAAUAGGCCCUUGGCCAGCCAAGAUGGUGGCGGAGGCAGAGCUGCACACACAGCUGAGAGGCGGCUGAAGAGGUUCUGCAGUCGCUGGAAAGUACAACAAAGCAAGUGCAAUACAGAACUACAAAAACUGAACUAGGGCAGAGGCUGGUGGGCUGAGGUGGGGUGGGGAGCAGAGAGGGACAGCUGGUCUUACUGCAAGGGAAUGAAUGGGUAAGUUUUUAAACACCCACGUAGACACGCAGACAUUGAAUAGGAAGGAAGCAAGGAAGCCAGAGUAUUUUAAACUGUAUUAACCAUGGGGUUCAAGUAUUUGAAUGCAUAAAUUAUUCUGUGGCCCUAUGCUAUUUUGUGUGACCACAGGGUGUUCAAGAUGAAACAGCAGUCAGUUUAUUGCUAUUGUUAUUUUAUAUGAGUAAAGAUACUCUGCCCAGGUUUUUUUAAACAACAACAAAAAAAACACACACGUGCAACAGGUACAAAUUCCUGAUUUAGCUCCCUCCUCAAACACUACAAUUUUUCAAUGUUUUUGAGGGGAGGGCCAAAUUCAUUUGAGCCACAAACAUUUGUAGGAAUCAAUGUCCAAAGCACAAGGUGGAUGAUUUAUGCCAGCCUGGUUUUUUUAGACUACAACUCCCACCAGCCCCAAUCAGUGCAUCUGUGCUAGCUAGGGCUGAUGGGAAUUGUAGCACAAAACAUCUGGAGGGCACUAGGUAGGGGAAGAUUUAUGACAUUUACCACUGAAAAAAUUAUUCGUGUGUUUUAUUUGCAGAUUUUUUCAAAAUGGGAUUGUCCCCUACUGAAUUUCCUACUUGGCUUUUCCACCUCCAGCACCUCUGUAUCGGUGAUUUCUCAUAAGCCCCUGUGAUUUUCCUGCUUUUAAAUUUACUUCCUGUAAUCUAGCUGCUCCUGGAAACAAUCUCAUCCACUUAGUUCAGGCAUCCCCAACCUGCCGCCCUCCAUAUGUUUUGGCCUACAACUCCCAUGAUCCCUAGCUAACAGGACCAGUGGUCAGGGAUGAUGGGAAUUGUAGUCCAAAACAUCUAGAGGGCUGAAGGUUGGGGAUGCCUGACUUAGGUAUUAAGCCACAAAACUUUGCACUCAAAAAACAAAUGGAAGUCCCAAGUCCAAUCCACACUGUGGAUUUAGGCUCCAAUCCUAUGCACAUCUUUCUGGAAAUAAGUCCCAUUGAACACAGGGGGACUAACUUCUCAGAAACAUGUAUGGGAGGAGCGCACUGUAAAACUGGUUGAAUGGGUCCCUCUCUGCAAGGAACACUGGGAAUUCUAGCAGUAUGAGUUACACUAGAAAUUGCUAAGAGAGACCUCAUCACCCUGACCAAACAGUUAACAGGAUUCUUUGGGAGAAGCCAUCAUAAUCACACUGGUAUAUUUGCUGGGUACCCGCUGAAUAAAUUUGAGAAUACUCUCCCUUCUCCACAGGUACUUCCACAAGUAACACUAAAUGCUGAAGUAUCCCGGGUGAAGCUGACUUAUCUUACAGUGGAUUAUC